AUGGCCGAGGAGCAGGAGCCCGGGCCCGGGGCGGCCGAGGGCGCGGAGGCCCCGGCGGUGGAGACGCCGGGCUGGCAGGUCCCCGAGGACUCGGGCGCCCAGCCCGAAAGUUACGAGAUCCGACACUACGGACCAGCCAAGUGGGUUUGCACCUCCGUGGAGUCCAGGGACUGGGAUUCCGCCAUCCAGACGGGCUUCACCAGGUUGACCAGCUACGUCCAAGGCAAAAACGAGAAAGAGAUGAAAAUGAAGAUGACAGCUCCCGUGGUGAGCUAUGUGGAGCCAGGCUCGGGGCCUUUCAGCGAGUCUACCAUUACCGUUUCCCUGUACGUCCCCUCCGAGCAGCAACCCGAUCCGCCCAGGCCCUCAGAGUCGGAUGUCUUCAUUGAAGACAGAGCCGCUAUGACUGUGUUUGUGCGGUCUUUCGAUGGAUUCUCAAGCGCCCAAAAGAAUCAAGAACAACUUUUGACAUUAGCAAGCGUUUUGAGGGAAGAAGGAAAAGUUUUCGACGAAAAGGUUUACUACACUGCAGGCUACAACAGUCCUUUUGAUUUGCUUAAUAGGAAUAAUGAAGUGUGGUUGAUUCAGAAAAACGAACCCUCCAAAGAAAAUGAGUGA